UUUGAACACAGCAACUCAGCCGAAACUUCUCAAAAAAACAACUGCCGCUUCUCGUUUCUUUUAACGCGUUCUCCUUCACAUAUGUCUCGAAACGAUACAUCACUACAGCCAUUAUCUUCAAACGCAGUAUCUGCGAAAGAAUUAGCAAGGUAAGAACGCGAUCAAGCGGUCAUAGUUGGUGAUCAUUUCAAUCGCACUUUUCCUUUUCUCGUUGCAGCGUUGUGAGAAGCAUGUUAAUUAUUUACAAAACCAGCCGCAAUUGAUUUUUUUACCGCCCUGCUCGUUUUUAGAUGUUUAGGUCUUGUAAAGAAGAGACCCUCAUUCUCCACGAGCCGAUCUAAGGGUCAAGAAAAGGAGAAAAAACCAAGUAAGAAAUCCAAUUUAUUAGUACAAGUUUAAUACCUUUUUAGUUUUUUUUAGCUGUCUUCAAAUUUGAAUCUCGAAUCAAUGUAAAUUACCUGCAUCGAUAAUGCAGUAUAUAUAUAUAUAUAUACGUUGUUCCUUUGUAUUUUUAAAUACUAGAUUUUCUGCUGUCUACAAAUAGCUACAAAUACUAGAUAUUCAUCAAUGAUCAAAUUAAAGAAAAGAAUUAAUCAAUUAUUAGUAGAUCAUAAAGUGAAUAAAAGGUUGCAGAUUACUACACUAUCGUCAAAUCUUUGACAAUUGUAUAUUGUAAAAUUCUCUAUUGAUGUUAUCUUUUUCUAACAAUGACAGGCCAAUAUUUUACAUACUUGAUUGUUCUUGACUUUGAAUCAACAUGCUGGAAAGACAAGAAAAUGAACUAUGGUCCUGAGAUUAGUAAGUCAUCAAUAGUAUGAGCUGAUUGUGUAGGAACUCAGUGCUCUAUUCAAUGACCUUCCUCAGCAUGUGCUAAGUGAACAUGUUCCUCAGAGACUCUGAGGCUGUCAGAGCAAAAAUUUUGGUUUUGAAAACCACUUUUGGUAACCCAUCAAAUAGACCUUGUCACGGUUUUUGACGCCAUCUUGAUGAGUAGGCAAACACGUGAGAAAUUACGGUGUUUGUAUGAGAAUCUUAUGUCGAAUAAUUUCCGUAGAACGGCUGUUCUGAAAACAAUAUCAAUUGUAAACUAAAGCUUAAUUCUUAAGGAUUCUACUGAAAAAAUCGAGAGCGUUACAUGCGCUAGAAGACCUAGAACCACUUUUAAAUUUUCUAUACAUUUGUCUGUAAGAAAGUCCCUAGCCUGCGUAGCAAGCGUUUCCAAUCGAGUUACUGCGCGAAAGUUAGAGCAGGAGCAAAAAAAAAAAAAGGUGGAAGGGGGAGGGGGAGGGGAGAAGAGGAAACGCUUGCCCGCAAACCCCACGAUUCUGGAAAACGCCCCUUGAUAUUUCACGGUUUGGUUGAUUUGUAAAUUUACAGCUCGUCAAAAUAGAAGUAUUACCCCUGGAUUACCAGAUUUGUAAAAUUACUUUGAUCUCUAAUAGAACACGUUCCAGGCGAUUGCAAAAACUGUAAUAAAAAAGGUUUACGAUAAAAGAAGGUUAAAACUCUGUGCGAUUGGUGCGGAAUUUCUUGUUUUUUAUUAUGUGGCUUUAUCUCGUCUGAAACCUUGUCGAAACGUCAAAAAUGAUUUGUCCGGAACAAUUCACUCCGCCGGCUAUAAGGUCGAAACAUUCUCUACAAUACAUGCCGCUAAAUUUCCAAUAAACAAAAAUAAUCUUUUCAUUUCAAAAAGCUGAUAAAUCGCUUGUCCAAGGCGGCUCUAGCUAGUGUCGAGUACCGAUGUUCUGAUUUACCUCAUGUUAUCUCCAACAAACAGUCCAUUUUUUCCAGUCAGAUCUGCACGCCGUCAUUCCCAAUAAAUUGGCCUUCCCUAGUCUCCAGUACUCAAUCUCCAAUUAUUCUUUGAAGACUUUGAUCUUAUAAACCUCCACAAAACACGAUUCAAAUAAAUAUCAGUCCAAAGCAUCUGUAAUCUGCGACCACAAAUCAGAUGAAACCAGAUCUGUGAUGCACGUAAACAAAGCAUACCUGGUUUGAUUGAUGUUUCGAGUGCUAAGUAAUCAACACUACCAGAACCGCGCCAAUCAGAAGCUGCGUUCGUGGGUGAACGCAGUUUUUCAAAAUCGUGGUGUUUGCGGGCAAGCGGUUCCCUCAUUCCCCUCCCCCUCCCCUGUAAUUCCUUUUUUUUUUGCUCUCAUCCCCCGACUUUCUCGAUGAACUCGCGAGGAAACGCUUGCUACGCAGGCUAGAAAGUCCCAGGAAAAAUUACAGACAAAUAUAUGGAAAAUCUAAAGCAAGCCUGUGGAGAAAUUUUAGGACAGGUACGCCCCAAACAUUUUUAGUACAAUCCUUUGCUUUGUAGCUUUAGUUUACAAUUCAUAUUUUUUUCAGAACAGCCAUUUUUUGGAAAUUAUUUGACAUUAGAUUCUCAUACAAACACUGUUGAAAACUGUGACAAUAAUAAGGUCUAUUGACUGAUGGUCAUCUGGCCUGAAGAUACUGUGUCACUUGAAACCACAGUUAUGUUACCUGAAAGUGAAUAUAUAGUUAUGUCACCCAAAAUGUUAUCAGACGCAAUACACAGAGAAAUAAAAAUGAAUAUAGGAGUGUGUGAAGUAUAUCUAGCUCUUGAAGCCAUGAGACAUAACAAUGCAAUUUAUGUGUAUUGUAUGUCUAAUGAGCUAUGAUGAGACAAGAAGUCUGACAAGUGAGUGAUGUAUCUCGUUCUUUAAGCCUUGAUAAACAAAAAAAGCAUUUCUGGUGACUUUAUGCUAACAACUGAGUUGAUAACCUCACUGAAUAUAACACCAGAAAAAGAUUGAAAAACUGACAAUUUGAACACUAGCUCUACAUUAAUAGAGUGAGUCGGGACUGUAGGUGUGGUGCAUACACUGUUCUCUUAAUCAAAAUUAAUGAGGAAUUCCCUUUUUCUUCACUGUUGACACUUUCUGGUGCUAUAUGAUUGUUAGCUUCGACAUCUUCCAUGCAUCCCUAGGUGGUGGGGGGAGUUUUAGGAAGGUCCAAACCUUCUGACUCCCGUACCUUGCAUUAACAGCUCCUGCCCUUUUUUCUUGGCUUCCCCUUUAGUCCUGUUUUGCUUGCAAUUAUUGAGUAAUUUCUCCCACUUCCUCCCCUUUUAGAACUCUCAUGUCCACCCUUUCCUCUCCCACCUUCUGUACCCCUCCUGCCCUUUAUUGUCCCAGGACUCCCUUCUCCCUGUCCUCAGCCACUGGUUUGCUUGUUAAGCAAAGGAAGUCUUACAUGUAAGAUGAGAUAAAUAGAGGAUAUUACAUGGCCGCACGGAGAUACGAAAUUUCUCUUCAAGUGUUGAAAAAUAUUUCACGAGUGAGCGCGGUGAACGAGUGAAAUAUUUUUUCAACACAAGAAGAGAAAUUUUGUAUCUCCAAGGGGCCAUGUAAUGUUCUAUUUAUUAUAUAAACACCAAUGAAAUACAAAACCAUUUCACUUUAAUAGUUUUUUGGUGUGGAAGGCGCUAUUUAUUAUGAAGCCAUAGGAAAGGUGAUAUUUUCACAUGUGAAGAUAACAUGUUAUUUUCACAUGUGAAGCUAUUAAGUUUUCGUCCGAAAGCUCACCUGGUAUUUCAUUGGUGUUUAUAUAAAAACAAUGUGUUACUUACGAUCUUUUACCUAAUGUACCUUGUUGUUUUCCUUAGUAUUUUUGUCAUCUAUUUUGUUUUUGUUUUGAGCAGUUGAAUUUCCUGCUGUGCUUCUAAAUACUUCGACUGGGGAGAUGGAAUCAGAAUUUCACAUGUUUGUACAACCAAGUGAGCAUGCAAGACUAAGUGAGUUCUGUACUGAGCUAACAGGUAUCACUCAGGUACAGUGGCCUACAUUUGUAGUUUCCCUUUGAUCCUGUUGCACAUUCAGUCAGGAGUUACGGACCAUAGUUAUGCUUGAGUUAGCGUCCACCUCCAAAUGAAAUUAUUACCCCCUCUUCAAUUUAGCACCCCUCCUACAGUACAGACCACGGACAUUGCAGCACUUAAAUGUUUGUAAAUUGCGUACAAUGUGGUAGAUUUCCACGCCAAAAACUUGUGUGUAAUUUUUUCAUACAAUCUCUUACACGCCGCAGCCUUUCUAACCACAAAUUUUCGUGUAUUUUUAUGGUGACUGAUUUUGCUAGUUAUACAAUAAUUUAAAUACACGCAAGGUCUGUGUACAGUGUAUUUCUUUACAACAGCAAAUGGCAGGAGCCUACGUAAAAUUAAAAAUAUAAGAACCCCCCUGGAAUAAGUAAUUAAACCCAACGUAUGUCUGAGGAGCUAAGAUUAAGGGUUUUUUUUUAACUGAUUCUUUAAUUUAUGUUCGCUUCUGCAGACUCAAGUGGAUGAAGGAGUUCCAGUUGGGACAUGUCUCAUGCUGUUUGGACGCUGGUUACAGGAGAUGAGAGAGAAAAAAGGCUUCAAAUUUCCCUGUGAUCAGAUGUUAAACAAAGAUGAAAAUAAGCCCACAGAGAAUUUGACAAAAUGGUGCACAUUUGUGACAUGGUCAGGUAUUUGAUUGAAUUUUCUGCGAUCAAUCCACUCCAGUUCUAUCUCAAUUUUCUCCUCCUGAAGGGCAAUUUCAUUGUGCAUGUUAUGAAAUAACUGAUUAUUAGUUCACCAGGGGUUUCAAUAAUCACCGACGACUGACGAAACACGUCGGCUACUUUGCUUAGAGGAGUCGGCUACCUUUUUCCCCUUAAUUGGAAGCUGAAAAUAACGUAUAAAAUUAAUGAUAGAUUCUGUCAAAACUGAAAUUUAAAUUCAAUUUGUUGGACCUAGACAGGCCUUUUGCUUCAGUUUUAAAAUGUUAAAGAAAAGUUGGGACUUCCUGUGCAUUACUUCUCCAAAUCGAUCGAAAAUACAUUCUCUUUUGCACUUAAUCUAGUGCCCAGAAUGCUUGAAAUUGCAUUUUAAGGUAUUGAAAUUUCGAAAUUUUCCAGGGGUGCAUGCCCCCAUAUGUCUCUAGAAGAAGGGGAGUAAAAGCCUCUUUUUGAUACAGUCAGUCACUUUUUUAAAACCAGCUCGCUACUUCCAUUUUUUUUAUUGAAACCCCUGGUUCACUGAUGGAGAUGUAGGAAUAAAGAGAAGGGAGUCAAGUUAUUAUUAUGUCAGUAAUAAAAAUAAACUUUCUCAUCUUCAGGGAACCUUUUAUAGUUUAGUAUAAAAUAACUAGAAAAAGCAUUUGAGACAGUCAACUACAAAAUUUGAAAAAAAGCACUGGGGCGUAUUUUUCAAAGGCCUGCAUUAGGCCUAUAUUGGAUAUUUUUGACUAUUCAGUCAUUUAGAUCUCUGAUUUUGUUUCCUUUAAAAUCAAUGUAAUGUUCAAUGAUGAAGAUUGGGACUUGGGAACUUGUCUCAAGAAUGAAUGCUACAGAAAGCAGUUAAGAGUGCCACAUCCCCUAAGAAGCUGGAUUGACCUGCGAGCAACAUACAAGGUUUGUAGAGUGCAAUGGUGCCUAAGGGACAAGUUCACUGCUAGUAGUUCCUUAAGAUGGUUGUACAGGGGAGUUAAAAAAAUAUUAUAAAAUUAGCAGUGAGCAAACUAGAAAAUUGCUGCCUCCAGUCUUCUCAUGACAGCUUGUUCUGUUGACUGAUUAAAAGUGCAGAAGGGGUGAAUGUUAAGACCUCGUAAGACUUUUUUUGUCCCUAGAUUAAAUAAAAUUAAGAGUGACAAAUUAUCCUGCAAUAAAAUGCUCUAGUAGGAGUUUUGUGACUGGUUAGCCAGCUAGUGUAUGACAGCUAACAAUAUCUUGAAAAAAAAUAAUUUUAAGUAUUUAUGCAAUAAUCGCCUACAUUGCACAAUGGUACAAAUAGUCCUACUCAGUAAAUCAACAAUAUUGCCAGAUGAAAACCUGCAGUAUGUGGUCGAAAUGGCACAAUCAAGGUCAAAGUGACUAUCAUGAGACAAACGAUAAAUGAAACCCUUUAUGGCAUAAACAUGUACAUACAGUGUAUUGUACUUGUGCAUAGUACUUAACAGUAGUAAAUAACAGCAAGAUGGAGAACACUGUUCUCUUCAGUCCAUGAAUACUGAGAAAGGAGUAGCAUUAUUAACCAAAUGUCUAGCGUGUCUUAUAUUAGUCACCCUGUAAUAAUAAUUGCAAGGAAUAAUGCAUUAAUUUUGAUGCAGGACAUCUAAUCUUGAUGAGUGAUCUAUCCUAGACUGCACGAAAGAUUCUUUCUCUACUUGCAUUGAGACAAAUUUUCUUUGGUUUGCUAUGAUGUUUUAAGUUAAAAGAAAUAACGUUUUUCUCUGUAAAUGAAAUAAUUUAUUUAGUUUUGCCUUAUUGAUUCUACAGAACUUUUACAGUCGUAAGCCUCAAGGACUAGCAGGGGCUCUUCAAGACCUUGGGAUUCAAUUUGCUGGUAGAGAACAUUCAGGUACUGUUAAUUACUCUUUUAAAAAAACAGGUUUCCAUUGCUUUCUGAUUUAAUACACUUUUUCAUUUGGAUGUGAAAUAAACUACUGGAAAUGGUCUAACAAGGGAAACAAAAUAAUUAAAAUAGAAAAAUACAGUUGUCCUGCAUUUGUUGGUUUGUCCAACAAGUGGACAAUAGGGAGCAAGCCGGUGGUGCAGUGGUGGGAGCACCCACCUCCCACCAAUGUGUAGGCUCAGUCUCCAGCCUGUGGUGUCUUGAUGUGCCCACGGGGGAGACACCCAUUCAUUCAUUCAUUCAUUCUUUAUUUGCCAUAAAUGCAAAAUCUUACAACGCAAGAUGGAAAUAAUAUACGAUUAAAGAAAAAGUAAAUGGCGAGGAGACCUGAAAGAAACCACGAGGCUUAUAAUGAGUCGGGUCUCCUCAUCUUAGGAUAAACUAGUCUUGUGGCCUGGGUUCUAAUCCCAGCAUUAACACCAUAAUGUGGGUUGAGUUUGUUGUUGGUUCUCUCCCUUGCUCCAAGAGAGGUUUUUUCCUGGGCACUCCAGUUCCCCCAUCCUCAAAAACCAACAUUACCAAUUUCUAAUGCAACCAGAAACCAGGUAGACGAGGAACCACCAGAAGGAUGUACCUCUAAAUUGUUAUUCAGUUUGUUUAUUUAUUUAUUAAAGGUCUGGAUGAUGCUCGAAACACAGCUCGCUUAGCAUGGAGGAUGGUGUCUGAUGGAUGCAUCAUGCAGAUAACAAAGAGCACCGAUGGGGUGAAUAUACCUAGAACAUAGACUGAGCUAAAAAAAUAAGACAAAAAUAAUAAUUGCUCCUUUGCUAAAAAGGAAUGACAUUUUGGCUAAGUUAUUAGAAAAUUCGUUGCAUGUGUAUUAUUAUACAUGUAUUACUUGUAGUAAUUUAUUGUAAAUAAAAAAUAUAUAACAUAUAGAAGAAAUGAGGUACCAUUAUUAUACACAAUAGACAAUAACAAAAGGAAAUAAGUCCGUAUGUAACUCACCGAACUGUCAAAGGUGAUUCUCGAAGAUUUCACUGAAGUGUACAGAAUUAGUAUUAAAAACAUUUUUGCGGACAAUGCGGAGCAAGUUAGCGAUAGAAAAGAUAAACUUAAGUGGUAUCCGAGCAAAGCAGAGUUUGUUGCAUUGUUACAAUAGACUGCUCCCCCUUUAUUAAUUAAACUGACCAAAGUUUUUCAAAAAUGUAGAACUUUUUUACACUGUAAUUUAAUCUAUGGUGAACAAUAAAAUUAAUUUAUGAUGCAUAGUUGUUUAAUUGUUAUGCUAUCCUCCCCAAACUAGCUUAAAAGUGCAAAUUUCCCAAAAAUAAAAUUAAGACUAGCGUUCCCUGUUUUUUCUCUUACAAAGAUCAAAAAAGAACUGUCAGAUUUUUGUACAAAUGACCUAUUAUAUCCACUGAUCCUCGCUUCAUACGUCAUCUUGAAGGGGCUCGUCUUAAGAAAUUUGUUAUAAACGGGGAAGAAAAAUGACACUAAAGGUUGCAUAAUAAUUACAGCAGUGGCUAGCCUCCCACACAGAUGUUCUUAGGGGUUCGUCACGCGUGAAGAAGGUCUGCAUGGAGGGCCAAGCAGUGGCGAGUUAACUCUUUCUCUUCGCAUCAUUCCGCUAAUUAAAUCUCUUAGACUGCUUAUUUCUCAAACAUAAUCUUACGACUUUAUUAAUUUUGUUGUUCUAGGCAGUGGAAAAACUUUGGAACCUUGUAACUAUGAAACCUGGUCUUUCCCAAAAUAAUUUGAAAGCAAACGGUACUGGGGAAUUCCAUACCAGUAACCAGAGUGAUUUGAUGUCUGAAGAUAUGCAAGUUCUUCAUAACAAACAUCACACUAGACCGUCUAAAAACAGUACCGUUGAAACAAGUGUAAACAAAAGUUUAGACUUUGGCGAUUUUCAAGCACAGAAUCAAUGCAGAAAUGGCACAAGACAGGAGGUCACUGUGAAAAGCGAGAUAAAAGAACCCAGAUCAGUCCAGAUUCCUGGAAAUAGAUUGACAAAUCAUCACGUUAAACCGUCUAAAAGCUGUACUGAAGAGACAAAUGUAAGCGAAAUCUUAAGCUUUGGUAAGGCUCAAGAAGAGUGUCACGAUGUACAUGUACAUGGCACACGACAGAGCAUCACUGUAAAAAGGGAACUGACAGGAGCCAGAGCUGACCAGUGUCCUGAAAAUAAAAUGACAAAUCUAAGGGAAAAAAGCCUUGUUUGGGGAGCUGUGAAGAGUGGGAAUAACAGCGAAGCAAAUGGCCAAAAUAAAAGAAGAGCAUCGGUAAGUUCUGUUGGUAAAGGCAUUCCUUUUGGGAAUUGCGAUGGGGUCUGUGCCACACCCAAAAAAACUUCCAAGUCUCUUAUAACUCCUGCAACGUGCUUAUCAAGUCUGAACAAAAGAGCAAGAGGAUGUUGUGAUGGUUUGUUUAAGAGUGAAUUGCAGAGCUGCUCAACACAAGGGUUUCUUGUGAAAAGAGGUCUUGCUAAACAGACACUGAGCUACCAUCAGCAUACACCUUUGGGAAGCCAUAAUCAGCGAGUAUUUCCUGGAACGGGACAAAAGGAUUGCACUUCCUGCAACCAACCAUGCAAAGCAUCAAAUAUUGAACCUCAGAAUGUAAACACGCCCCUGUUCAGGUUACCAACAAACCAUAGCUUAAUCGAAGAGAGACAUUUGGUAGAAGGACUAAAAAAUAAUAAAUCUAUAACAGUAGCUUCGAAUAACACUGGAAUAACAGCUAUAAACAAACCAAUGGCAAAAGCAGCGACUGUUGUAACCAUUCCCAGUUCAAUAUACUUGAACAAACCAUGUACUACUCCAAUACGAAAAUUUCCUUCUUUCAACCCACCCCUUAAUGGGAACGUGAACUCCCCCGUUACUACCCCUGUGGCUUGCUUCAAUGGAGGUGGUAUUACCCCACCCCUGUGUCACUGUGGGCGUCGUACUUGGCGCAGAGCAGUCAUCAAUCCGGGACCUAAUCAGGGAAGAGCUUUCUUUACAUGCUCUUUUGGUCACGGGAGAACAACUUCUGGUGCAAAUGCUGACAAGAACAAGUCUAAAAGUGGUUGUAAAUUUUUUCGUUGGGAGGUCCGUUUAUAA